UGGGUGCACGAAAAUGAGAGAGAAAAUAGAAAAGGGAAAGCAAUAAACAAGAGACACGUGGGUUGUCGCCUUCUCCUUUUCCAAUACAAAACUCACCUCCUCCCCCUCCCAUUUCCUUCAAACUCUUCUCCCCCAUCUCUCUCUCUCUCUACAUAAUCCGUCUCCUCCGCUACCUACCGCCGCCGUCUCCGCCGCCACACUCACAACCCAGUUUGCAUCUGUUAUCAGAAGAGAAGCAAACGUACAAUUCGCGAGAAUCAUUCCGGAUUUUUGCAUCAGAAAUUGUCCCUUCUGAUGGCGUCAUCCCAAACCGUCUCGAAUCCCGAUGUUAACUUCAAUCACUCGCGAGAAUCCAAGCGCAAAAAGAGAAGAAAAAUUGGAGAUGCUGGAGAAAUUGAGCCAGUCACAAGCCUUGAUCAAUCGAGGUGGAGAACUAACAUCGAGCAACAGAUCUACUCUUCAAAGCUUCUCCAAGCUCUACGUCACGUCCGACGGAGUAAUGACAAUCCGUCUCCGGUUAAUGCCGGACGCGCCGUCAGGGAGACAGCCGACAGAGUCCUAGCCGUCGCAGCGAAGGGAAGGAGUCGUUGGAGUAGAGCGAUUCUCACUAGUCGGCUCAGCCUUAGGCUUAGCCAAAUCAAUAAAAAGCAUAAGAAAGCUAAGCUAAACAGCGGCAAUCUAAAGUCGAAGAAACCAGCGGCGAAAAAGCGAUUGCCGGCUUUGCAGCGGAAAGUUCGUGUUCUCGGCCGUUUAGUUCCCGGUUGUCAGAAACUCCCGUUUCCGAACCUUCUAGAAGAAACUAACGACUACAUAUCAGCUCUACAGAUGCAAAUCAAAGCCAUGACUUUUCUGACCGGCCUCCUCUCCGCCGGUGGAGCAGGAUCAGUUGCCUCUCACCCCGAUCGGCUCGGCUAAAUGGCUCGUUACAACAUGUCCUUUUCUUUUCUAAUUCUUUUUUAAUUUCUAAACCUUUUUUGUUAAUAAUUGAGAGUUUUUAUAUUGGUGUAUUUUAUUGUAUACAUUCCCCCUCCUUACCUUUUCUUUCCUGUUUUGCUCUCAA